AAGAUGUCCAAUGACAUUGUAAAGUACGCGUACGAGAACCUCAAGAACAUCCCCCGCAGUGAGGACUACGAGAAGAUGAUUCAGGGGCUUCCAUACAACUCAAUGGGGAAGGAACUUGUAACCAGACGUCAUCUUUCGCAUGAACUUGCUACAGACUAUCAUACUAUCCGUUUAAAGGAUCAUGAUUAUGAUCUUGAAAAACAUCAAAAAGCUAGAAUUGAUUACUUGUCCAAGAUCUUUGGUAAGACUGAAAAGGAUACUUAUAUAGAACCACCAUUUUUUGUAGAUUAUGGUUGCAAUAUUUCAUUGGGGAAGAAUUUUUAUGCUAACUUUAACACUACAUUCCUUGAUUGUACAUUGAUCAAGUUUGGUGACAAUGUUUUAGUCGGGCCAAAUGUUACUUUCACUACAGCAACUCAUCCCGUUGAUCCAGAAGCCAGACUUCAAGGGGUUGAAUUUGCUUUCCCAAUCACCGUUGGUGACAAUGUUUGGUUUGGUGCUAAUGCUGUGGUCUUACCAGGGGUUACUAUUGGAGAUGGAGCUGUCAUUGCCGCUGGUGCAGUGGUAAACAAAGACGUUCCUGCUUACACUGUUGUCGGAGGAAUUCCUGCAAAAGUUCUUAAAGAAUUACCAAAGCCAAAAUCACCACCUUCAGCUGAAUAA